CGGAAGUCAUUUUCAUAGCCAAGUGAAUAGUGUUAGUCAGUCGAUGGUGUUAUAAGUCUGGUCCCUUGAAAGUGAUUGAAAGAUCUUAAUUUCGGUAUGAAGUAAACUUGUUAACAUACCUUAUAAAUCUAUGGUUCAUUUAUGUUUCAGGGUAAGCUGUUGGUGAAAAAGUUAUUCAGUGUCUUAAAUUUCCUGGCAGCAUCGGUGCUUAGGAGAAAGAUUCCAUUUGAAGAUUCCACGGAGAUCUCCACUCCACAUCUUGCCAUGAGCCUAAAGAGUGCCACGCCCUUUAAUGCUGGAGGGAAAGUGAACGUGGGAUACGCAAAUUUUGAUUUGCCAAGUGGAAACAAUAUGUUCCGUCAAGCAAAACCAGGAUUGACAUCAGUCAAUCAAAAGGUACACUUUGGGUGUGAGCUUAGUAAGUGAAGAUUAUUACUCAAUGACGAUAACCAAAGAUGGCACGGAUAAAAAUCAGUUAUAACAUGGACAAAAAUGAAAUUCUUUGAAAUAAUUACUCUAUUUUACUCGUGUAUUGGUGUACAGAAAUGAGCAGAAUUGUCCGUCUGUACACAAUGCAAGGUGAGUUAAUAAUUACUGUCGCUAGCGAGUAGCUAUUGUUAUCCAGACCCUCUGUUGUAAGCGCACCCUCAGACGAAUGUAAACCAACCACCCACAAAUAUCCAACAGAGCAGUGGGGCAAUAAAUUCACGUUAUUGCUGCAGAAAGUCCAACGUUUGCAUCUUCCCUAUUCACAGGUGUUUUCGAUGCCGAGAAAUUACUACAAUUACGACGAAACCUCUAAAGGCGUCAACAGCCCUGUUGUGAGUUUAUCGUACGAAGACAAGGAAAAAGAAGAAGCAAUUCCAGUUUCGAACCUCGAGACCUACAUUGAAUAUUCCUUACCGGGGCCAGAUGUCCUGCCAGAAUCGCAUAAAUACAGUCUAAACGUCACUGAAAACACUUGGGCGUAUCACAAGCUUGUCAUUUCCUCCAAAGAUGAAGCGGUUAACAUCGAGGUUACACCAUUCAAGUGCAGUCACAAACUCCACCUCUACGUGCGAGAGAACAGACAUCCCACUAAAGAUAAAUUUACCUGGAAAAAGAUUAUCUCGGAGCCCUCUAGCGGAGAUCGACCGAGCUUAAACUACACAACGUGCUUUGAAAAACACUCCGCUUACACUCUUUUCAUAUCAAAUACAAAAUUGCGAGAAUCCACUUACUUUAUUGGAAUAUGGUACGCAAAUGGGAAACAGGACACAAGAAAUUCCAACGAGACCGACGUGAUGAGGUACUCAAUUAGAGUGUUGAAAUCAAAAUGCCUGUACUGGAAUGAAAGAAAGGAGUCAUGGAUGGGGGACGGCUGUAUCGUUGGACCAUUAACCAGUCCAAAGCGAAUCCACUGCAUGACAAAUCAUCUUACAUCCUUUGGAUCAGGAAUGUUUGUGGCGCCAAAUCCAAUCGACUUCAGCAAAGCGUUGCUAGGCUUUGCGACAGCUUUUCAAAGUGGCAACGUGGUAGUGAUGUUCACCAUCUUAACUCUAUUAAUAUUAUACACAUUACUGGCCGUAUGGACUUGGAGAACCGACAAGAGAGACGCCAUGCAGGUUAGAAAGUAGACGGCUACUGCUAGGUUUACCUCCGUAUUUUAAUGAUUUGAUGUAGUGCCCUCCUUUCAGUAAGCAUCCCUUGCCAAAGAAACUGGUUUCUGUUGGAGUUACCCAGUUCUUGGGUGGAUCCUCUUAAAAUUAAACGCUUGUUGAGUAAACAUUUUCAGGAAGGAUGUAAGGCAUCUUGCGCUGUCCAAGUUAGCAAAAUUUGCGUCGAAGGAUUAGAUUUUUCCAGACCCUCCAGCGAAUUCCAAAACCAAAAGUGAUCUAAAGUACUUUGAGAGGGAAUAGGGAAUUAGGCCUGUAUGGGGGAUUAAUUAUCCCUCCCUUCAUCCGAUCUUGAUUCAGGCAAGUGAAAACUGUGUGAAGGUAAAGAAAAACUUAACAAGAUCGAGAAAGUCUCGAUCAAGUUCUUCGUGGCGACGGGGAUUUAUUGCUAAUUUUUAUUGUUCUCUUGUUGCUUACCUUCUAGAUCGGCGCUACCAUCCUUCCAGCCAACCGACCUAACAGCAAUUACCUGUACGAGAUCUACUUUGUGACAGGAAGUCGGAACGGGUCCGGAACAACUGCGCAUGUCGGCUGUGAGAUCUUUGGUGAGAGUGAGAAUAGUGGCCCAUGCUACUUGCUUGACUCCACUCGACCGCUGUUCAGAAGAGGGGAUUUGAACGUUUUCAUAAUUUCUUUGCCAAAAAGCCUUGGAGUCAUUCGUGGAGUAAGGAUUUGGCAUGAUAACAGCGGCAAAAGUCCAUCCUGGUUUUUGAACAGAACCAUGCUAAGAGAUUCUCAGACCGGAGAAAAAUGGAUUUUCCUUGCUGGUAGGAAUGAACGCAGACCAUUUUCCUGUUGCUGUUUUGUGUAUUGCUUUGAGUAUAUUCCGGUAAAAUGUCCCGAAUUAUUCCUAUUCCCAGACU